CCUUUUGGUGAGUUUCUAUGUUAUUACUUACCAGUAGGACAAGUGUUGGGUAAUUUUGCUAGUUCCUUGGCACUUUUCGUGAUAGCUCUGGAUAGAUACCAUAACGUAAUCCAUGCAUUUAGUAAAAAAUGGGAUCCAGGUCUACUAUACUGCCUCCUUGGAGCGUUAGCCUUAUGGCUCGUCUGUGCAGGAAUGUCAUAUCCCAUGUCGACAUUUUACUUUUAUAUACCUCUGGUAGUAAACAACGAAAAUGUGUUCUUAUGUUCAGGAACGUCAAAUACCAAAUCCGAAAUUUUGUCUUACUACAGCUCAAUAAACGUAUUGUUCUUCUUUCCGGUCAUCUCUAUGUUUUUCUGGUUCUACUAUAAAAUUGCUUUACUUAUUUGGCGUCACAGAAAACCAGUAACAAACGAAAGAUGUCAAGAAGUCACUGAUAUCUCUACUACGUCCGUUAGAUCUCCUGUUCCUAGAAUCAAAUCCAUCAUGAAGAAACGCAAUCUUCAGAUGGAAAGAAAAAUGAGAACGUUCAAAAUAGUCGUUGUCCUUAUUUUUGCUUUUAUUGGCUGCAGAAUGCCUCACUGGCUGUAUGCUUAUAAUUUGUUAAAAGAAGUACCUGCCAGCAUAGCAUGGAACUUGAGGUUUUCGUUUAUAGCUUUGAAUUUGUUCAACUGUGUUUUAAACCCUUUUCUGUACACUUACUUACUUGGGCCUUCAAAAUCAUAUAUUUUCAGAAAAAAUUGUAAUGAUUUUAUGUAA